CUUCCCCAUUUGGUGAUAUCGGCAUAUAAUGAACAGAACUGAUUUCGCUUUUGCCAUUUGAUGUUAGGAUUUCAAAUUCAACGCUAAUGCCAAGCACUAGAGGCAACAGCAAAUAAGCACAACAAGUGUAGUGCCGUUAGGAAGUGUUAUUAAACGCGCGAUUCGGAUUCGAUAGUCAAACCCGAGUGUAUGUAUUCAUACACACAGUGUAUCGUUCGGUUUGGGAUUACAUUAGUACUUAAGUGAUUCUUGAGUGGAGCGACAAAGAUUAAUAUGGGUACAAGUAGGCGCUCCUCCAGCUUGGCUAAAUUGCUGCCGCCCACUUUUGGUAGACGACAUUUGCAAUGUCUAUUGAUGUUUAUCGGUUUCUCCACUGCAUUUUCGAUGCGCGUUAAUCUCUCCGUCGCAAUUGUAGCCAUGAUGGACAGCAAAGCAGCAAAUCCAGAUUUUCCGGAGUAUCACUGGUCAGAGGAGACUAAAUCGCGCAUACUCAGCAGUUUCUUUUGGGGUUACAUAUGCACACAAAUUCCGGGCGGCAUGCUGGCGCGACGAUUCGGCGGCAAAGUGAUGUUGUUGUGUAGUUUCUCCACAAGCAGCAUAAUGGCGCUGUUAACACCGCUCGGCGUCGCCUAUGGUGACUGGAAGUUGCUCUGUUUCAUGCGCUUCCUACAAGGUUUCGGUCAAGGUGUAACAGUGCCGUCCAUGCACACUCUUCUCGCCAAAUGGGCACCGGUAACGGAGCGCGGCUCGUUGGCUACGUACAGUUAUUCGGGUGCACAAUUCGGCACAGUUAUAAUGUUAGCUUCAAGCGGUGUACUCGCCUCCUCGUCGAUGGGUUGGCCCAGUUGUUUCUACAUACCCGGCGGUUUGGGUCUUAUCUGGACAGUAUCGUGGAUCAUUUGGGGAGCAAGUUCGCCUAGUGAAUGCAAACAGAUUAGUGUUGCAGAACGUGCCCUCAUCGAGGGUUCGCUGCAGCAAAACAUUAAGCCGCACGACGAUAGCAAACCUAUAUUGCCCAUACCCUGGAAGCGUAUUUUCACAUCUGUGCCAUUCUUAGUGCUAAUGGCAACACAUUGCGCUUCAACUUGGUGCUUUUGGACGUUGCUCACACAAAUACCCACCUACAUGAAGAGUGUGCUCGGUAAGGAUAUCAAAAGUAAUGCGCUACUCUCGGCACUGCCCUAUUUCACGAUGUUGAUUUUGGGUUUGGCGUGCGGACCGUUGAGUGAUUUCUUGGAGAAGGGCAGUCAUUUGAGCGCGACUACAAGUCGGAAGAUUUUCAACUCCAUUGGUCAAUGGGUGCCGGUGCUAACCUUGAUUUGGUUGGGUUACACGACACGUGAACAAGCAAACUUAGCUGUUUUCUUGUUGACGUUCACCGUGAGUAUCAGCACGACAAUGCAUUUGGGCUGGCAGGUGAAUCACAUCGAUUUGGCGCCAAACUUCGCCGGUACGCUCGUUAGUUUGACCAACUGUGCGGCAAAUGUUUGCAGCAUUAUUGCGCCUCUAGUGGUGGGCUUUGUCGUCACUGAUACGAGUAACCCCAACCAGUGGCGCAUAAUCUUUUUUAUUGUGGGUGGCAUAAACUUUUUCGGUAAUCUGAUGUUCGUUCUAUUCGGCACCGCCAAACUGCAGCCCUGGAAUAAUGAGCGCGAACCAAAGGUUGAUGACAGCAAAGUCGAUGCUGAGAAGGCACAAGAAAUGGAACCGCUUAAUGAGGAAACGGCUGAUGUUCCAAUAACUAAAGCAGAGUCACAAAUGGUGGUUUAAUUGAAUUAAGUCAGUAAUUUGAUUUUGUUAAAUUACUUAAAUUAACUGAACUACUGUAUUAUUAAGGAACAUUUUUUUUUUUGUGAUUGUACUCCGUAGUUGUAGUUAUAAGUAGUUCUAGUAUAUUCUUAUAAAUGAAAAAAUUAGUUAACAAUAUUUAAAUGGUGAUGGGUAUUUUGUAUGUAAGCAAUAUUAGCACCGGGACCUUUGGUCAGUA